AGCGGUUCUCGUACUGGCUGCACUGCUGUCACGGCCCGUGUUGCCAGCUCGACUUCUGUCACUGCUGUCAAACGUUCGCGAACCAAAAUAAACAAACUUCACGCGAUGUUCGUGGCGACCGUUUGGAAAUGUGGAUUUUCCUGUUCCAUCCGAGUUUUCCCGAGUCUGAUCCGGCAGGGACGCUUCACAACUCCCUCUUAUCACCGAGCAUUACACCGCACAUCCUGGCUGGGAGUUAAAAAACACGUCGAGAACGAAAAUGAUUACGCCAGUUCGGUUUUGCACAGGAGUCUCGCUCAGAUCCCCGCAGAGGAGUUUCGGUUAAAGACCACCAUUCACUCUUCGAAUCCGCCGAUUGAUGUAGAUAAUUUCGUAGAAUCAUCGAAAUGUGCUGAAAAGACUCCCGAGAAGCAGCUGGAACUGCUGGAUGGCUUCGUAGCGCUCGUAAGCCGGGGUAGCACACCGGUGGAUGAUAGCAGAUUUGCCGGUUUCGUGGAAUCGUUUGCUGAAAGUGUACGUUCCUUCGAUGAGACACACAUAGAGCUGGCACUGAAGUUGCUGACCAAACUGGACGAGAUCAAAACGCCUUACGAACCAAACUAUGUCGACCUUUGGAUGGCACUCGAUGGCGAGUGUUUGAAACGCGUCACGGACUGGGACACCGAACGGUUGCUGCACUUUGCCGAUCUCUGGUACCCGCUCCGGUUGGCCAAACAGGGCAAGUUCGUGAAUAAGGCACUGUGGAAGAUUAGCAACCGGUUGCGAAAGCUAGCACCACGCACGCUGGUGAAGACCGUGUUCUACAUCAACCUGACGCGUGUGCCGAUGGAAAACAUGAUGGACAUCGAGGUGAACUUUGCGCAAAACUUUGACUCCUUCAGCAUCGACGAUGUGGCGGUUCUGUGUAUGGGGUUUUUCAAAACCGAAACACCCAUCCGAUCAACGGAACUGUUGGACAAAAUCUACCAAACAACGAUACGACACGUGGCCACCGUUGAGGACAUAGCGUUGACUGCAAUUUUAAAGCUGCUUCGUUACUCAUCCCGCAUACCCAGUGUUCCGUCGAUGGAGGCGCUGCUAGCCGCGCUUGUACCUCGGAUACCAAGCCUUUCCACCUUUGCCUGCCUGCACGUGGCACUGCUAGGGAGUGAUAUCCAUCUGUGCCACAGUCCGACGCUGGAACCGGUGGUGGCCAAGUUCGCCGACAACCUGUCCGAGCUGCGAUUAAAGGAUCUGGAGCGCAUUGCGUUCGUGCUGGCACACAACAAUACGGCGUUUGUGUCUGGCAAAGAUAGCCUUCUGUGUGCGCGGAUACUCGAGGAUUUACCGAAUCGUAUCACCGAGAUCGUCACGUAUCCAAGGUGCUACAUUUCCCUGCUCUACUUUCUGGCCAUUAGGAACGUGUACAACGUUGAUUACAUCACGACCGCUUUCGACAAACAGUUUCUUAAGUUGGCCUACAAGAAAAAUCUUCCCGGUGCCGGCCGAGAAGCAGUAUCGUUGGAUGCGUAUGCCAGCAUUAACCUCCGCGACCGUUACGAUGGCAACCGUUUUCCUGCCAAUGCCUUCCAGAUUGUCUGCAAGCUUACGCAGGACUAUCUGCCCAAUCCAAAGUAUCGGCUUACGAAAUCGGAUCGCAUGUUGCUGGACAUUCAACGAACGUUCGGUGAGCUAAAGCCGGGGUCUACCCAAUGCCGUAUCGUGCACCUGCUGCCCCACUACCAGCGUCCGGAUAUACUGUUCUGCUGGGAUGCCCUGUCCAAACGAUUGCUCGACGUUAACGAACUCCUGCCGGAACAGAGCACCCAUGAGAUCAUGACACGUGAGGCGGUGCUGAAGGAACGAAGCAAAGAAAAGCAUCUCCGUCUGGUGGCCAUCGUGGUGGGUUCGUGGAACUGUUACGUUCGUAAUGUGAAACGACGAACGGGUGGUUACGCGAUGAAGUUGGAACAGCUGCGUCGCCUAGGCUACGAAAUAGUCGAAAUACCGUGGUACGAAUGGCCAGUCUACUCGCAAGACGAUAUGCUCAAGUAUCUCAAGGCCAAACUAGUCGCAUAUCGAUAGCAAUUUUAUAGAGGGAUGAAUAUGUUAUGCGAAAUAAAAGUAGAACCUCAAUGAGGAAAACAAAUUAAAAAAUUGGCAAAUGUUAAAUAGAAUUGCUUCGCUCAACGUCUCUUUCAAAACCGGCUAGAAAAGAGCGGAAGUGAAAGAGAUGACAAUAUGCGCUGUCCCUUUCUCGAACCGGUAGCACGCCGGUUCCCGCGCAAUUAGCUGUCAUUUGAUGAUGCCGGCACCAACCCACAUCCUGCAAGGACCAAAACGACGAUGCAACUUC